AUGGCGCACAACCAGGAGCUUCUAGCCAAGACCCCCAUCACCAAGUUCAAGCAACAGGACUUUUACUCCUUACGGGAUUAUUGCCUAAACAGAGGCCUGCUGUUUGAGGACAAGACAUUCCCUGCUGAGACUUAUUCCAUAGGUCUACAGCUGCUCAGGAAAAACCUCUCCAGCCUAAGCUGGAUGCGGCCAAAGGAUUUAUUGAAGGGUAAAUCAGAGCCUCACUUCAUCCUGGAAGGUGCAAGCAGUUUCGACAGCCAACAGGGGGAGGCAGGAGAUUGCUGGUUCCUGGCAGCACAGGGCUCCUUGACACAGAACCCACAGCACCUGCAGAAGAUCCGAAUGGACCAAAGCUUUUCAUAACAAUAUGCGGGGAUUUUCCGUUUUCCGUUCUGGCAGUGUGGCCAGUGGGUGGAAGUGGUGAUUGACGAUCGCCUACCUGUCCUGAACAAUGAGUACUUCUUUGUUAAUCCUCGCAACAAACAAGAGUUUUGGCCGAGCCUGCUGGAGAAAGCCUGCGCCAAGUUUCAUGCGUCCUGUGUCAACCUGCACUAUGGCUACCUCCCUGAUGCCCUGGUGGACCUCACGGGAGGGGUGGUCACCAACAUCAGCCUGCAUUCCUCCUCGUCUGACCUGAUGACAAUGGUGAAGAUGGUAGCCGAGGCAGGCUCCCUGAUGACCUGCAGCACCCUGGCCGGGCCGACAAGUGAGUCCACGAGGAUGGCAAACAGGCUGGUGAGUCGGCAUGCCUACACAGUGACUGGCGCCGAGCAGAUUCAGUACAGGAGCGGCUGGGAAUAUCUUAUCCGCCUGUGGAACCCCUGGAGCAAGAGCGAAUGGAGAGGGCGCAGGAGUGACAGGUCUCUGGAGUGGCAGGAAACUCAUGACCACCAGAAAAGCCAGCUGUAUGAGAAUAAGGAUGAUGGUGAGUUUUGGAUGUCAUGUCAAGAUUUCCGAGAUAACUUCUGCCUAUUUAUAUGUAACCAAGUUCCAAUCAGCCUGGACCAUGGAAACACACUCCCUGAAAGAUGGUCCCAACUGAUGUUUAAGAACCACUUAAUUCCAGGAAAUGCAGAAGAGUGCUUCAGCCUGAGCCCUGGGACCUAUGUGGUGGUUGUCUCCGCAGGCAGAGAAGCAGUUGAGUUCUUGCUCCGAAUCUUCCUAAAGAUGCCAGACAGUGACAGGAACCUGGACGAUAAUCUCAACCUCAGACCAUUGCAGAAAUUUGAUGUUGGCUAUUCUUCCUUAGAUCCAGGCAAGUCGUCCAGAAAUGGCUCCCAACGAAGCAUUUUCUACAAAUACGCUCAGCAGGGGCUGGACAUUGAUGCUACCCAGGUUCAGAGGCUUCUCAACCAGGAAUCCCUAAAAGGACCUCCAGGGGACACGUUCUCUUUGGAUGAGUUCCGGAGCAUGGUGGCUCUGACGGAUCUGAAGGUGAACGGGCGGCUUGACCAAGAGGAGUUUUCAAGGCUGUGGAGCUGUCUUGUCCACUGCCAGAGUGUUUUCCAGAACUCCUGGAAGAACUCUGGAGUUUUCCCAAGCCUGGAUUUGUGGACGGCCAUAAAGGACACAGACUUCCUUGCAGGGAUCUCCGUCACCACUGAGCGGCUGGAUGUCAUGAGACUCCGCUAUAGCGACAGCACAGGCAAGGUCAGCUUCCCCAGCCUGGUCUGCGUCCUGAUGCGGCUUGAAGCCGUGACAAAAGCGUUCCAGAACCUCUCCGAGGAUGGAAAAGGACUCUACCUGACAGAAAUGGAAGUGAGGUACCUUCCCCUCCCAGAGACAGGGCACAACCCCAGGCUGCUUCUCCUCCCCUGA